AUGGCCUACAAGAACUACAAGGAAACUAACAAACAUGCCUACCUUCAUGAGGGAAAGCCACAGCACUCAAACAUACACAAAGAACUUCUGGGAAGCUUGAUUCUGGCUUACAGUGCCUGGGUACGGUCCACAGGCUUGAUUCUGGAUCACAGUGCCAGGGUACAGUCCACAGGCUUGAUUCUGGCUUACAGUGCCUGGGUACGGUCCACAGGCUUGAUUCUGGAUCACAGUGCCAGGGUACAGUCCACAGGCUUGAUUCUGGCUUACAGUGCCUGGGUACGGUCCACAGGCUUGAUUCUGGAUCACAGUGCCAGGGUACAGUCCACAGGCUUGAUUCUGGCUUACAGUGCCUCGCUCUCAGGAGAAGUAAUUUUACAAAUUGCCAGUGAACCAGUUCUGCCCUUCAAUGCUCUCGAUAUAGCAUUAGGAGUUCAAAACAGCCUUAAAGGAAAUAAGCCUAGUGUCCCUCACCUGCUUGCCUUGGCAUCAAGGCUGAGGGACAGUGCUGAACUCUUCCAGUCAGAUGAGAUGCGACCUGCUAAUGACCCAAAGGAAAGAGCUCCCAGCCGUGUCCGAAUGCUGAACGACAUCCUUCAAGACCUAGAAAAGAACUUCCUGGUGCAGCGGGUACCACCGGGUUUUUACAGAAACAUCCUGUACCAUCUUGAUGAGAAGACAAGCCAGUUUUCCAUCGUUAAGGAGGCUUGGGAGCACUGCAAUCCACAGACAUCAAAUGAGACUUUGCAAGAGGCCCUGUCCAAUGUUCUGAAUAGCAUUAAUUCAGCUCUUAUUUCCUUCAAAGCAGGAUUGGAUGUGUUUGAGAGUGUCUUACUUGGAAAGAACUGAAAAAAGUGUUCAGAAUUUUUCAAAGUUUGUUUACAAUUGUAACAGGAAAAUCUCGAAUUUGACCAGAUGUUUGUCUGUGUUGCUGGGGUUUUUGUUGUUGUUGUUGUCACUGAAGACCUCCCUGAAGUUUAAAGCUAUUAUACAGCAUAUUUUUUAAUGUACAUAAGAAAGAACAUUUUGUACUUUUAAAAUAUUUUCUUAUAACUCCACUGGAGUAUGUAACAACAAUUUCUGAAAUAAUACUUAAGAUUUAUCUAUUACAGAAAACUAUGCCAUAUUUUUAGAAAUAAAAUGGUUGGGGGGAGGUUAAGAUAUUCUUGGCAUUUUCACUACUGUGGACAGAAUGUGGAGGAAUGCCCGUAUUCUCCUGGACGAAACCUCCAGGGACUUUAUGUUAGACAUGGAGACCUAAUAAGGUUUCAGAUAAUUUUGCAAGUAUCUGUUCAAUAUGAAGACAUGAUGCAUUCUGAAUGAGUGAUUGAUGCCCCAAACCACUUGGAACGUUUCUAUUUUAUAAAAUGAAAUCUGUCUUCUUAACACAACCAGAUGUAGUAAUGCACUGGUUAUGAAAUUGUAUUUUGUAAGUAAUAAUGAAAAAAAGAGAGCCAUAAACAUUCCAAGGAGAAAAUUCCCAAGAAACUAGAUGGAGCAAUUUAAAUGCAAAUUCUUCCUGAAGUGACAAGUUUUGAAACCCUUAAACUGCCUCAGUUGAUGCUACAUGAACUUCAGCAGUGAUGUUCACUGACAAGGGAGAGAACAUUUCCUACUUUCUGUGGUUUCUGACAGAAUUACAGAAACAGUGACUGUGCUAAAGGAGUACACACACAGCUGCCCCUCCUUCCUUCUUCCUCACAACCUCUUGCACUAUAGUGGCUUUAACAGAACACUAUAUAUAACUCUGAUGGAAAAAUGGCAAAGUUUGUCUUUGAAAAUCCAAAAUAUUACCAAAUACAACUAAGUGUUAUUUUAUACAACUGGCAAAAUAAACCCUAUUAUAAAACAUUUGUUUUGUCAACAAAUGCUCUAAAUUCAGGAAGAAAAAUUAACAUCUCUCUUUGUUAUCGUUUAGUGGCAAAGCUCAAAACAGAAAAUAGGCAGGCCACUUAUGCUAUCAAAAGUUGAAGUGCUUUAGGGCCUAUUCUCCCACAGUUCUCUCAUGUAGGUGAGGGACUUUGUAUCUUGGUUUUGUUAUCCAGUAGCUCCAGAAUCCUUAGUCCCUCCAAACUAGAAGAAGAUUCUGCUUGGUUGUGGAGAAGUAAAACUUGUAUCCUACCUUUUUACAACAGAUUUGUUAAAAAAAAAAUUAUUGAGUAAUACAGUUUCCCUUCGGAAAUAGAUCAUCAUAAUAGUUCUUAUAAUAGUCCCUAACUAUUUCAAUCCUAAAACAAUUGACAUUGCCAUCCUGUGGCCUUCCCUGUUUAUCUAAAUCUUUUUAAUUUCUUUAGGAUGAACAUGAAAGUAAGGUUAGUUAAAAAAGAAAGCUAGAGUCAAGGAAAAUAAAUUGAUCAUCAUUGGCUAAAUGACUGACAAAGGUCAUCUCCCACCAUUUGUAAUAAUUGUUUUCUCAAAGCAGUGAACUGAGGGAAUUAAUUAUAUAAUUC